CGUACAAGUAGGUCGGCUGUGACGGCCGCAUCUCAAGUAUGCUUACGAGCAGCCAGUCCGUCUCUCUACAAGGCAUUCCUACCAGUUGCAUGGCGCGAGCACCGUGGGGCCGUCACCGUCGAGCGGAGAGGUCGAGGGGUGCGAUUAUAAAAGAGCAAUCUGAACUUCGCGCCUUGCCUUCUUGGUUCUUCACACUCCUCCCAGCUGGCUGCCGUCCUCUACUUGCCACGUCCAGAAUCUCAAAGAUAGACGGGUUCGCUUUGUAGCAGACAAUUAAGAAAGGUUGCACGCAUCAUGGUCACCCGCAUCAGCGACAGCGAAUGGCACGGGGAGGACAUCCCCUACGUCAAGCAGGGUAACCUUACCUCCCUCCUCUUCUCCUCUCCCUUUAGUCAUCUGCCCAACACAGACCCAGACAGGUUCCCCGACUGGACCUUCGACGGGCAUGAAAUCCCUCCGCAUUGCCUUUUUCUCGUGCAUGAUGGGACACAUGCAAGCGUGACGCACGAGCGUGCCUAUCAUGAUAUACUCCGUGUCGCUCGCAGCUUCCACGAGCUCAUCGGCAAGCAGCCGGCACCCUUUCCUGCAACCCACCGAGGAACGAAAAGAACCGCCGUGUGGUCUCCAGAGACGACGGUGCUGCUGCACAUUCCAAACUGUCUGGCCUUCCCCAUUCUCCUCCUCGGCGCAACGGCAGCAAAAUGCACCGUGUCGCCCAUCUCAACGCAUCUCCAAGUACCAGAAAUCGCCUACCUCCUCGCAUACGCUCGACCGCAUGUUAUCAUCACGACAAAAGGUGCAAGCGAGGGCGAAGGUAGGAUUCGCGCUGCCCUGCAGAGCAUCAUCGACCGUCCAGAGCCCGUGGGCGAAGUUACAGCAGAAGAAGGGCAACGGUGGGCGAUCGAGUUGGCUCACACGUGGGAUCGCUCCGCAAAGCAGAGCACGCUUCAGCGCGGCGAGACGCUGCCAUUCGCUCAGCAGCGCGUAUGGCUCGUCGACCUCGCUCGCACGGUUGACUACUAUGGCACCAACACCAACGCCGCCGGCAUACCCGCCGCAACGCUCGACAAGCGCGACUGGACUAACCUCCUCCGCCCGAUCGGGCCAACGCACAGGCUGCCGUUCCAGAUCGAGGUCAUGCAGCAGGAUGAGCUCGAAGCGCGCGCCGCGGUCCUGCUCUGGAGUAGCGGCACGACGGGCAAGAGCAAGGGCGUCCUGCUUAGCCAUCAAGCUCUCAUGGCCGAAGUGUACAGCCAGUGGAGCGCAAAGCUUUCGACCGGAGUCUACAGAGGUGCCUACGGAGGUGGUGAGCGCUGGGUCGCCCUCGCGCCUUGGUGCCACAUUUAUGGGCUUGCUACAUUCCUUCUCUCAGCCAUCGCAACCGGCGCAACUAUCAUCCUACCCCCUACGCCAGAGUUCCACCUCGAAACAUAUUGUCGCCUGCUCGAAAAGUAUCGCGUUACGUUCGCUCACAUCGCGCCUGGUGUCGUAGUCGCGUUGAGGAAUUCUCCACUACUGGACCAGGACUCCAGCAAAAAUGGACGCGCCAUCGAUUUUUCGAGCGUCAAGGGCUUUGGAACGGGCGGUGCACCCAUCCCGUCGAGAAUUUGCCUAGAUGUGUGCGAGCGCUCGGGUGGAAAAUAUGUCCACAUGGGCUACGGUAGCACCGAGACUGGUGGGGCAGCGUACACUGUGUGCCCGUCCAUCCCCGCCGAGCAGCAAACCGGCUCCAGCCCCGGUUCUUCACGCCACGCUGCGCUCGCAUCGAUGUUCAAUUGGGGCUCGACGGGUGUGCCGCUGGCCAACAAGAUGAUACGCAUCUGCCCCGCGGAAGGCGCGACAUCGGACUCGGUGCAAGCGCGCUAUGAAGAGUACCGGCUCGCAGCGGACAAGGUGCGGGAGGCGGGCGGGAGGGCCCCCAGCAGCUAUUGCGCACCCGGCGAGAUCCAGAUUAAGGGCCCUGUCUUGUUGCUCGGCUACCUCAGUGGCGUGUCCUCCUCCAUCGGAUCGGCCAUCGAUGCAAAGCUGACGCGCGGGGCGUUCACCGCGGACGGGUGGUACAAGACGGGCGAUGAGGGCGUAUUUGACGCGCACGGCAACCUGUGGAUCACGGGCCGGAUCAAGGAGCUGAUAAAGACCAAGGGCGGCUUCCAGUGCUCACCGCCGGAGGUCGAGGCAUGCUUUGCACAGCACCCAGCCGUCGCGGACGUCGCGUGUGUCGGCAUCUACGAUCCGCAGGACGCCGCCGAAUUCCCGUUGCUGUACGUCGUCCCCAAAGAUGUAUCGCUGCUUCCGCAAGAAGGAGCUGCUGCAGAGGACGCUGAGGCGGAGGCAAAGCGGGUCGAGCUUGUGCGCGACCUUGCGCACUUCUGCGUCGACCGAUUGACAUUCUACAAGUGGCCCAAAGCUUACUCGUUUAUUCCGGUCAUCAUUAAGAACCCCGGCGGGAAAAUCCUGCGCAAGGACCUGCAGGCGCUUCAGACGAAGCGAUACGUCGCGCCCAGGCACCGCCAACGGACAUCCACCUCGUCAUUAGGCACGAGCGCGAAGCUAUGAACGGAAACAGGAUGAGGCACAAGCAGGCUGCUGUAUGUACCUCCGUGUACGCGUGAGGGGUUCUGGCGCCUUGUUUGCGGUCACUCUCCAAUUCUGAUAACACAUAAAUCCGACAUUAUUCGUCUGUCUCUGUCCGUCUGGUGUGUAUGGCUUUAAGCGACUGCGUAUGAGU